GCGGUCACCAACAUGGCAGACAAGCAGACGGUGGAGUUGCAGUCCGUAACUGCAGAAAUGCAGAUUUUGCCUAACGGAGACUCUCACCUUCCCAAAGAGGACGCGGAACCGGUCGACGAAAGCGGGAAAAAGAAGAAGAAAAAGAAGAAGAAGGGAAAAACAGCAGCCGUAGGAAACCAUGAGGGUGAAGUUGAGUCGGACAUCACUAAAGUGACAAAACAACUCAAGCAACAAACUAUAGAAGAGCAAGAGAAGGAAGACGAGGCAGAAGAGGAUGGCGAGGAAGGAGAUUCAACUGGAAAGAAAAAGAAAAAGAAGAAGAAAAAGAAAGGCCCCAAAGUUCAAACAGAUCCUCCAUCCAUUCCCAUCUGUGAGCUUUAUCCCAGUGGAGUUUUUGCUAAGGGCCAGGAAUGUGAAUAUCCACCUGCACAGGACGGACGUACUGCUGCGCGGAGGACCAGCAGUGAGGAGAAGGUUUUGGAUCAGGCUAAUGAGGAGAUGUGGAAUGACUUCAGACAGGCUGCUGAGGCCCACCGGCAGGUCAGGAAAUACGUCAAGAGUUGGAUCAAACCGGGAAUGACUAUGAUCGAGAUCUGUGAGAAGCUAGAGGAGUGUUCCAGGAAGUUGAUAAAGGAGAACGGUCUGAACGCUGGUUUGGCUUUUCCGACCGGCUGCUCUCUGAAUCACUGUGCGGCUCACUACACUCCUAACGCAGGAGAUCCCACCGUCCUCCAAUACGACGAUGUCUGCAAGAUCGACUUUGGCACGCACAUUAACGGUCGAAUUAUUGACUGUGCUUUUACCGUCACCUUUAACCCAAAGUACGAUAAACUGCUGGAAGCUGUUAAAGAUGCCACGAAUACUGGAAUUAAGUGUGCAGGUAUUGAUGUUCGUUUGUGUGACAUUGGAGAAUCAAUUCAAGAGGUUAUGGAGUCUUACGAAGUGGAGCUCGAUGGAAAAACGUAUCAAGUGAAACCAAUCAGAAAUCUCAAUGGCCACUCUAUUGGACAGUACAGAAUACAUGCAGGCAAGACGGUGCCCAUAGUGAAAGGAGGUGAAGCCACCAGGAUGGAGGAAGGAGAGGUUUAUGCCAUUGAGACCUUCGGCAGCACUGGGAAAGGCAUGGUGCAUGACGAUAUGGAGUGUUCGCAUUACAUGAAAAACUAUGAAGUUGGACACGUGCCAAUAAGACUUCCCAGAGCUAAACAUUUGCUGAAUGUGGUCAACGAGAAUUUCGGCACUCUCGCCUUCUGUCGCCGCUGGCUGGACCGCCUUGGCGAGACAAAGUAUUUAAUGGCACUGAAGAACCUGUGUGACCUGGGCAUCAUCGACCCCUACCCCCCUCUGUGUGACACCAAAGGGUCCUACACGGCCCAAUUCGAACACACCAUCCUGCUGAGACCAACCUGCAAGGAGGUGGUCAGCCGAGGAGACGAUUAUUAAGCCUCUACGUCAACAGUUUUUAUAAAUCUCUCCUGUGCUUUCUUAUCAUAAGAGUAUUUGAUGGGUAAAGGACUGAGUAAGUGAAUGAGCUGUGCCUUCUCAUUUUUAACACACUUGUAUUUGUUUGUGUAAUGGAUGGAUUGAGGUUUAAAUCUUAAACCAUGGCUUAACUCAAGGGCACAGAUGUGUACUUAUCACAUCACAUGAAGUGCUCUAAAACCAUUUUGUAUACUCCGAAAACAAUCUGGUGCAUUUUUCUUUAACAAGGUGAAAUGUGAAUUUAAAACCACAUUUUCAGGUCAUCUGGAUUAGAUAUUUUCGACCUUGGCGAUUGCAUGUCUUUUGUACACAAAUAUUUGUUUUUUUAAUCAAGCACUUUUUGUUUUCAGUCUGUAGCUUGGAUUAGAUUGAGAUAUUGAACAAGCAGCUGAUCAUUACAGCAGCUGAAUUAAUUGUCUUUUCCUUAACGCAAGAACAGACUUUAACAUAACAUAGAGGCUGGUAAUAAACAAUCAUUCAGACACAUGCUUUCCUCACUCAAGAGCAGGCCCUCAUAACGACGGAGAUGAUGAUGCACAAGCAUAUAUUUUGGCUAAGCUUGGAUUCAGGUAAAGCCUGUUUGAAAUCAAUCACAUUGUAGUGUUUUAUUUUGAAGUGUGAAUAAAAUUUAUAAGAAAUUGUGAUC